UCUAGCGACAUUAUCCGGCGGUGGUGCCGAUUCAUCAGAAAGUCGUCCAUCACCUCAUUACAAGGAAAACGAAUUAGAAGAACCAAGCAACAAUGAAUGUCGCUCACGAAGUAAAUCUGCUGGUGGAGGAGAUUCAGCGACUCGGCAGUAAAAAUGCUGACGGUCAAACCACCGUGAAGUUUGGAGUGUUGUUUAAUGACGACCGUUGUGCCAAUAUCUUCGAGGCAUUGGUGGGCACCCUGAAGGCUGCCAAGAAGAAGAAGGUGAUCGACUUCCAGGGCGAGUUGCUUCUGCAGGGCGUCCAUGACAACGUUGAUAUCGUCCUGCUCCAAGAAUGAGAGCGAUAUUUGGACGGGGCGGCCCACUAGCAACUGUGGGUCUCACUGAAUCCUUCCAAAUACUGAGUUUCUGUAGUGUACCGGCUUGUCACUGAGCUUCUGUUUUCAGUCAUCUUCCUCCAUGUUUAAAGGCUCAGUAUUUAAACUCAAACUCAAUGGCCAAACAGAUUAGACCUAACAGUAUGUUAACGUACCCAGCUGGCAUGUCUGCGUACGAUUUCAUUUGAUUUCAUUGUGCCAAAUUUGAGAAUAUUUUAGGGUUUUCAUAGGCUUACCAACAGCCCCAUCGAUAGUUUCAGAUGACAAGGAAAAGUGGUGUUUCUCUCUUUCUCAGGCGCUGCCAUUUUAUCAACCGCAGGUCUGAAAUGCCACGUUGAUACACUCUCAAGACUAUAAUCACACAAAUCAGGAAUGUAAUAGUUUCUUCAACACAUUCAUUUGGAUAUUUUUUGUUAAUUAUGGGAAAAGUACAGUAUAAGGUAAUUAUUACAACUAAAUGCCUCUCUUGAUGAUAUCAGUGUCAUAACAAUGGACACACAGGACAAGAUACUGGUUAGAUUUAGCAACUUUAACAGACUUCUUCUUUAAAGGUCUAAUUGGCACUCUGAUCUUUACAAACGGUUUGUAAGAGAUACUUAAAGCUGCACUAGAAAAUUCUCCCUUUAUCAGCCUCAAGUGGCAGCGGGAGCUACAGUCAGACCUCAUUGCCCAAAAAUCAUGUAUUGUAAUGAGUGUUCUUUUCACAUAUUGAUCUAGUGCAACUUUAAAACAGUGUAUAGUGCGUAUCCACCAACAGUGUCGCCAAAUGGCUGUUCCAUUUAUUGUUUACAUGAGCCAUUUAUACUACCUCUUGUGGACUUUUUAAAAAGACGUUAUUAGACCAGUGCUUUUGGAAAUAUAACAACAAUUCCUUCAUAGAAACUACAGAGACAAGUGCAAGUGCAUUUUAAGUAAGACUUUUGCACCUUUUUGUACUCAUUGCAAUGUCCAAGAGUAGUUUUUAUUCCAUCUUUUUAUAUGUGGUCAAUAAUGAAUUUUCUCUGUUAAACAAACUCCAGAACUUGCCUUUCAUAAGAAAUAGUUGAUUAACAAAUGGCGAAUGUAUUUCUCGUGCAAUUUUUAUUGAUGUAUCAUUACAGGGUGAUUGGUGCCAAAUGCAAAAGAUGAAUUUGUAAUGAUUCUCAGGACCAAACACGACCAAAAUAUGUUAAAUAACUGUCCUAUGGCUUAAAUUAGGUGUCUUACUUGUGACACAAGAUGUGGAUUAAUAGUUUUAUUAGGUUUUUUUUUUUUUUUUUUUUAAUUUUAGCAUUUUUUAUUUUGUACUGUAGGUCCAAUGAAACUUGCAUAACAGGUGUGACCACUUUUCUCUGUUUCCCACCAUCUCAAAAACUCACCACUUGCAAAAUUAUAAGCAAAAAUAUCUGAAAACCAAUUACCGUCGCUGACUAUGGAGGCUCAAAGUGGUCAAAAUUGAAUAACUAAUCAUAUGAAUUAAUACAGACAAUACAUGUAAUAAAACAAGGAAUGUGAAAUAAUUGUGAAAUAAUCUAAUUGAAAAUAAACUCUUGUCAGAAAUAUGAAAUGUUAUUUAUCCUGCUUCUUUUCACAAUAACAUUUCAUGUCAUUUUUAUUUAAUUCCAGCAGUUUUUAUUUCAAAAAGUAGCUUUUUGUAAAGUCCAUUUUUAUUUCAAAAGCCAUUUUUCUAAGUGACCAUUUAAUUUCAUAAUGCCACUUUUCAUUUAGUACAGUAUUUGCCUGGCAUUCAUGACAAAAUGGACAAAAAAAAAAAAAAAAGCCUUUUUAUUGUGAAAAACAUUUCAAAGUUGUAAAAAUGUUUUGGAUUCUUUCGCAAUGGUUAUAUUUCAUAUUUUAUCUAUGUUUACUCCUGCAAUUAAUUUAGUAAUAUCAUAUGCAUUUAUUUAAUUUUGACCAUUUGAGUUUCCAUAACUUCGGUAACUGUAACAUACACAGGAAGGAGCAACAAUCAAACGGGCUUGAACGCAACAUCUACUCUGCAGCUGUUGUUCUCAGCUGCGUAAUAUCAAACUUUUAGUUCUAUUCCUCAUUACAUAUUGGGCCUUGUUCUUGUUAUGACCCGUACACCAGACAGUUAUUUGCUUCUCACAGUGACAAAUUAUCAACCUCGUGAAGCGACACCUGGUCUGCAAGUCUUAUAUGGCCCAUGUCACAUUCACUGCUGUUGUGUCAACCUAUAGCUAAAUCUUUUAGGUUCAGGUGUUGGUUGUUUGAUGAAGUUUGACUUGAUAUUUUUUGUCUAAACGGUAUAAGAGACCAUUCUCUCGAUUGUUCUUUUGACAGUGUUUGUUGCACAGAAGGACCAAAAAUCAAGAGAAUGAGCUUCAUCAUAUUCUAAUUAUGAACGAAACUGAAAUGUAGCCUGGAAAAGAAAAGAUCAAUCACGUGAAAUAUAAUCAUCAUGAGUAAACUAAUGGGCUAAGUAGAAGUCAGUAAAAGUUGUGGAAAUAAUAGAGAAAAGCAAGAGAGAGGAAGAAACAUGCUGCUUGCAUCACGGUCAUUUUGGAUUUUAAGGUUAUCCUGCUUUUGUUGCGCUCACUGUGUCUCCCUGGUGUGAGUUUCAGAUGGCUUUCGAAAAAGUGCCAAUCACAAAUCAGCAUUUAGCAAGAGGAGAAAGUUAUGAUCCGAUCAGUGCCAAUACCUCGAGCCAUUUCUGUGAACUAAGGGGAUGCCUGCAUGACGUGUUCGAGUGCGUCAUCACUGUCUUUUGUAGUGGCAAUAACACAUUCCUGAAAGAACGGAGGUGUCUGUUACUGUGGAAUACACUUGGAAGAAUAAAAUCUUUACACUUCAAGCGUU